CUUCUAAGAGUGUGUUCAAUAGCUUUUGUCAAACCUUCGAGCGAUAUAUUAUACCAGUUUCACGUUGUGACGUUGCGCUAUGUCCAGAUCUUGACUGUUCGGGUGGCGAGGUUGCACCAAAGCCUGGAGUCCAGGCGAUCGUCGCUAAAUCACAGGUGCAGCUGCAGCACGAAAAUGCCUUCCGACUGGUCCACAACACUUGAGAACAUUGAGCCUGUCGGGAUCUGCGACAUCUCAGUAAUUGGAUUUUGGUAUUUUUGAAGGUGGGGUUAAUCACGGUGGUCGAAGAUGAGAGAAUACCAUUCCUAGCUUCAUGAAUAAAUCUGGUUUGACAGUCACACAUGUGGCAUUGUAACGAAGUCCCAUGACUCUGGAGGGUUGCGCUGCACCAGCUUUUCGUACGAGGCCAGAUGGCAACAUAACCAGGAGCUUUCCCCACACCUUCUAAUGGACAAGCUCUUCAAAGCUCUCGGUGCUCACACCACAGCUCACGUUCUUCUCCACGCGGCCCUGCUCACGCCCCCCUCCGUCCUGUCACACAUGAAACUUGCAGCUGCCUUCCUACCACUGAUAUGGAGCUGUCACAUCUACACAUGGAGUUUUGGCCUCGGAUACAUAGCAUCAGUACAUGCUCUAUGGGCAACAGAUCUUCUUCUAUUCCGUGACCCCAGGAAAGACUUCGCUCUCUUAUAUUUCGGAAGUUCACCACCAGCACCUCCUGCAGCCGGUGGAGAAGAGAAGAAAGAUGACAGCGAGGGAGAAAUCGUUGAUAUGCUUUCUGCAUCAGCGUCUACAGAUAAAAGCGACGUCAAGAACACUUCACCCACUACCAACUGCUCCCAUCAACUUGCAUGGGCCGAAGCAUAUCCUGCAUCAUGGUACAAACGUUCUAUCUGGGUUUCCAAGCUCGUCAUAUCCUUCCGGUACAUCAGCUGGGCAACAUCAACCAGCCAAACCGUCCUCUACUCUUCCCAACCACCUCCUCCAUCCAGCAAAUCACGCACUGCGUUCGUCGUUCAGAAACUCUUCCUCAUAGUCUUCUGUAUCGGAACCAUGGAUGUCACGAAUCUAUACCAGUACUUUGAUCCGUACAUGCAGAUCGAGACUUCGAUCGACGAGGCAUUCCCUCGUCGUCUGGGUGGUUUCUUCGCGAAGUACCAUUUAGAUUUCUUGUCUCCUCGGUUCGUUCGGAUUGCUGUCCUGGGCUUGCAGCAGUACUCUGUGUUCACUCUGAUGGGUGCCAUUCCCGCUGCGUUAUUUGUUACUCUCGGUGGGGUGGGGUUAGUUGAUGAUUUCUGGGGAAGGGUAGAGAAUUGGCCGAGUGUGAUGGGGAGUCCAAUUGCAAUUGCAGAACGAGGGCUGAGAGGGUUUUGGGGUGUAUUUUGGCAUCAGUUGUUUAGGAAUCUCCUCACCGGUCCUGGUAAAGCAAUCUCUCGAGCUCUCAACCUUCCUGAAAAGUCGACAACCAAAUAUGUCAUCCAAAUUUUCGUGGCAUUCGGACUCUCCGGCGUACUACAUUCAGCCACGCUCCCAAGAGAUGUUCCAAAUGUCAGUGCCGUGAGAUAUGCAUCGUUCCUCUGGAUGCAAGGUGCUUGCGUGCUGUAUGAAGUUCUUCUCGUUCGCGCAGUUGACCUACUGGGCUUGAAUGGGCCGAGAUCAACAUGGCAAUCAAUCGGGUUGACAGCUUUGAGAAUUUCGUGGGUUGGAAUCGUGCUUUAUCAUACUGUUCCGGUUAUUGAGGAUGAGUUGAUGAGGGUAUCCAGGAUCUUUGGUUUGAGACCAGUGUGGUUUCUUGCUUUGCCGGAGUAAAGAUCUAUCUUUAAACGUUUCCUUUUUAAAUCUUAGAAAUAGUAGCGAAAGUCUGGAAACAAGGAUAUCAUGGAGUUAUCAGUAGGGAACUUGGCUUGAUGCAGGUAACACAGUAAUUAUGAAUGAUAGGUAACGUCUUGUUGAUUUCCAUGUUAACGAGCCAAGUGACAACGGUCACAGAAAAAGUCGAAGUUGUUCGCGGAGCAGACUGCAUUUGGGCUACAAUUCUGGCGCAUC